CACAGAGCAAAAGCCAUCAAAGCUUUCGCCUUUUGCUCUUUUCUUCCUAUUUUUGGCUAAUUCUCUGACUCCCUUAAUUUCUUCAUUGCGCGCGCGCGCACACACACAUAUAUAUAUAUAUACGUCAUUCUUAUUUCAUCAAAAUCCAAUUUACAUGGUUGUUUUGCUUCAUGUUAAUUAGCAAAUAAGCUAAGUAUACUUUGUGUAUACACACUACAGAGGGAAUUAAUUGAUAGGCUUCUUCUGUUCUGGGAUCGCUGACUAUGGACAUGGAGAAAGGAGGUUAUGUUGUUAAUGGAGGGAUCAGGAUUCCUGUUGGCUACAGGUUUUAUCCUACAGAUGAAGAGCUUGUUACUCAUUAUUUGACCAGAAAGAACUUGGGUCUUCCUUUGCCUGCUUCUGUUAUUCCUGAGUUAGAUGUCUUCCAGGCUGCUCCUUGGAGUUUGCCAGGUGACCUGAAGGAAAAAUAUAGGUAUUUCUUUAGCAACAGAUAUGACAAUAAGUCUAUGAAUGUCAAUGGAAACAAAAGAAAAAGAGUGUCUCCUUCUGGCUUCUGGAAGACUAUUGGCAAAGAAAGGCUAAUUGUAGCUUCUGGACGCAAUCAACCAGUUGGGAUGAAGAGAACUCUGGUUUUCAAUCAAGGGAAGCAUUCCCACCGGGCCAGUGGUACUAGAUGGCUCAUGCAUCAAUAUUGCCUUUUGCCUUCUACUCCAACUCUUGAUUCAGCUCAUCAGAUGCCGGAAUUAUUUGGUGAUUGGUUUGUUUACCGGAUUUUCCAGAAGAAGAGAAAAGCUAAGAAACAUGGACUAAUUACUUGUAAUCUGCUUCCUAAUUCAAGCUGCAACAAUAUUAAUAACUCUCCACAAGGUUUCAUUGAUUUUACAGUGGAUGAUUACUCUGAUGAUUGUGGCCCUCCUCGGCCUUCUUCACCAAGUUCAACCGAGGAGGAUUUAGAUCAAGAAGACAUUAGUUUCCCAUCAUAUUCUUGGAUGAGAAAGUGAGAAUGGCUUGAUAGCCUUUGUUAUUCAAUCCUUUUUUCCUUCUUUUUUUUUUGUUUUUCGGUUUUUGGAACUUUUGUUCAACAAAUGAGAAUGUGAAUG